AACUUCGAUACAACAUGGCUGGUGAUCCAGGUACCGACUUGGAAGAUUUAUUUGAUAAAGCUGCCAACUUUCUCAAAAAUAUUGCUGGCAAACUAGACAGUGACAGAUUGCUCUAUUUUUAUGCACGGUUUAAACAGACUAAGGAAGGUUCAUGCAACACAUCUAAACCAGGUUUCUUUGAUUUUCAAGGCAAACAAAAAUGGGAGGCUUGGAAACAGCUUGGUCAGAAAAACAAACAAGAUGCAAUGCAGGAAUAUGUAAAUGAACUCACAAGAUUAGAACCAGAUUGGCUUGAAAAGUGUGAUACUUCAACCCAGCAGUCAGGCAGUGCAUUUGGUGGUGUUGUAGUUUCUACCAUGCCCAAUCCAGACUCAGAUCUCAAAGAUGAAGAGAAGACAAUAUUUGAUUGGUGUAAGGAGGGAGAUUUAGAGAAACUUACAAAAUCUUUGAAAAAAGAAGGGGCAGAUAUUAAUGUAAAGGAUGGAGAGGGAAUGUGCCUUCUUCAUUGGUCCUGUGAUAGAGGGAAUGAAGAAAUUGUCAAAUAUCUACUUAAACAGAAAGCAAAUCUCAAUGAACUGGAUAAUGAUGGUCAGACCCCUUUACAUUAUGCUGCAUCAUGUGAGCAUAUAUCAAUAGUGCAACUAUUAGUGCAAGCGGGAGCAGAUGUCAAUAUUCAGGACUUUGAUGGAAGUAAACCCAUAGAUACAACAAACAAUGCAGACAUUCUAGCUAUACUGAACAAGAAUUCUUAGUUUUGGGCUUUUAUUUUGAUGCCCAUUUUUGAUACGUGUAAGUUGCAAUAGGUAAAAAAA